GACCUCACUCAUGUGGAUGACAGCUGGACUUCGGUGUGGCAGUGAGACACUAGUUAGACUGGGUUAGACUACAUGCUAAUAUAACUGUUCACAAUGUAUUAAAUGCUAAUAGUGUCUAAAUUCACAUAAAGUGUUUGCUUGCGAGACGAGCCACGGUUUCCAGUGGACCUGAGCCUUGCUAAUUUUUACUUAUGUAGCUAGCUAAUGUUAGAGAACAGCCACAGAAGGAUGGUGGGGGAUCGUCUGUGGAAGUUUUUAUCCUUUUUUUUUUGGAUAAUUACAACCUGUGGUUCUGACAACAGACUGAGACAGUAAAGAAUGAAGAGGAAGGGAACCACCAGCAGCUUUUCCCAGCCUAAAAGAAGAGAGGAGGAAGAGCAUCCCAGAGAGGAGAUGGAGGAGGAAGAGUUCAGAGAGAGAGAAAGAAAUGAAGGCAUGCAGAGCUCAGACAGAGAAAGUGUGUUUUAUUGUGAAGAGAGGAAGUGGGGUGUCCUCCUGCAGUAGCUUCCUCCAGCUUCACUCUCCUGCCCGCUGCCUGCUGUCAUUGACUGGGUGUUGGACUACAGACCAAAUGCUCCAGUGAACGGAGCGACGAGUCCAGCGCAGCAUGGACGGCUGCCCGCCAUAACGACAAUGGAUCGAGUGAAGAGCUCCAUGCAGCAAGUCCCCAACGCGAUCCCCAAAGUGAUCCGACGGACCGGAGGGGCGAGCAGCCUGGAGCUGGAGAAGGAAAACUUCGAGAGAGGGCAGGCUGUCAGCAUCAAUAAGGCCAUCAACACACAGGAGGUCGCUGUCAAAGAGAAGCAUGCCAGGACCUGCAUCUUGGGGACCCAUCAUGAGAAAGGCGCCCACACUUUCUGGGCAGCCGUCAACCGGCUUCCUCUGUCCAGCAACGCCGUGCUCUGCUGGAAGUUCUGCCACGUCUUCCACAAGCUGCUGCGGGACGGACACCCAAACGUGAUAAAGGACUCCAUGAGGAACAAAGCUGAUUUAACUGAUAUGAGCAGGAUGUGGGGUCACCUUAGUGAAGGCUAUGGGAAGCUGUGCAGCAUCUACCUCAAACUGCUCAUCACCAAAAUGGAGUUUCACAUCAAAAACCCUCGUUUCCCCGGCAACCUUCAGAUGUCAAACAGACAGCUCGACGAGGCGGGAGAGAACGACGUCAACAACUUCUUCCAGCUGACAGUAGAGAUGUUCGACUACCUGGAGUGUGAACUCAACCUCUUCCUGGGUGUGUUCAGCUCCCUGGACAUGUCUCGGUCGGUGUCGGUGACGGCGGCGGGUCAGUGUCGUCUGGCUCCCCUCAUCCAAGUCAUCCUGGACUGCAGCCACCUGUAUGACUACACCGUCAAGCUGCUGUUUAAGCUGCACUCCUGCCUUCCAGCUGACACUCUGCAGGGCCACAGAGAUCGCUUCCAGGAGCAGUUUAAGAAGCUAAAGAGUUUGUUCUAUCGCUCCAGUAACUUGCAGUAUUUCAAGAGGCUGAUUCAGAUCCCACAGUUGCCUGAGAACCCUCCUAACUUCCUGCGUGCGUCUGCUCUGUCGGAGCACAUCAGCCCCGUGGUCGUGAUCCCCGCUGAGUCUUCGUCCCCCGAGUCGGAGCAUGUGGUGGAAACAGACGACCUGGUGGACACAGACAUCCCAGCGCUGCCGGCCGCCGUGGAGACCAAGUUUGACGACCUGUUUGGCACUUCAGCUGCCAUCGAUCCGUUCAACUUCAACAGUCAGAACGGCAUGCGCAAAGACGACAAAGACCGUCUGAUCGAACAGCUGACGAGGGAGAUUCAGGCCCUUAAGGAAGAGCUGGAGUCUUUCAGGCUGGAGAGUGGCCGGUUGUGUCAGGCGCUGAGGGGACGUGUCAGCGAGCUGGAGGCGGAGCUCGCCGAGCAGAGCCACCUGAGGCUGCAGGCUGUCGGAGAGAGCGAGUUCCUGAAGGCAGAGCUGGACGACCUGCGGAGGGUCCGAGAGGACACGGAGAAGGAGCAGCGCAGCCUGACGGAGAUCGAGAGAAAAGCUCAGGCCAACGAGCAGCGCUACACCAAACUGAAGGAGAAAUACACGGAGCUGGUUCAGAGUCAUGCAGACCUGCUGAGAAAGAACGCUGAGGUGACCCGGCAGAUGACAGUGGCUCGGGCAGCACAGGACGAAGUGGAGGCCGUGAGGAAAGAGAUGCAGGAGAAGGUGAAGGCCGCUCACGAGGCUGCAGACAGACAGGAGAGAGAGCAGGUGGACCAGCUUCUGGAGCUGCAGAGAGAGUUGGUGUCCAGCCGGGCAGAGCUGGACUCCCUGAAGACCACCAUGGCUUCAUCACAGCAGUCUACUGAGGUGCUCGGCACUCAGCUUUCCGCCCUGGAGUCUGAGAAGGCUGAGCUCGUACAGACCUUGUCGAAGGUGGAGGCGGAGCUGGCGGUGCGAGGGGAGGAGCUCGAGCGAGUCCAGAGCUCUCUGGCGACGGAGAGGGAGAGCGGGGUGAAGACGGCCGAAGCCCUGCAGAAUCAGCUCAAUGAGAAGGAGAGCAGGGAGCAGGCGUUGGAGAGCCAGCUGGUGGCGGCCCGGUGGUCCAGCCUGCAGGGAGCUGUGGACGAGGCCGAGAAGAUCAUCAAGGACUCCCUGGCUCAGAUCGACGACCCGGCACACAUCAGCUGCACCAGCUCCGCAGACUACCUGGCAUCCAGAUGCCAAGCCUCUUUAGACUGCGUGGGCCGAUUACAUUCUGCCAGAGAUGCCUUCUUGGCUGACAACACAGGUGUGUCUGAGUUAGUGCGAGUGGUGACCCAGUGUGGCCACCUAGUGGGCGACACCAUCGUUCAGGGCAGUGCCACCUCCCACAUGGUGCCAGUGGAGCAGGCUGAUGCGCUGUCAGAGAGUGUGAAGCUGUGCGGCGCUGAAGCUCUGGCUCUGCUGGGACGCAUGAAGCAGCAGGACAGUCUGGCUGCAGCGGAUGACGGCAAGCUGAAGGCAGCUCUGGAGGCCAUCCUGGCCACCGCAGAGAAACUGCGUCCUCGGGGUUUGGAGCUGCAGCAGGGGGAGCUGGGAGAUCUGGUGGAGCAGGAGAUGGCUGCCACUUCUGCCGCUGUGGAAUCAGCCGCUGCCAGGAUAGAGGAAAUGCUCAACAAGUCUCGAGCUGUUGAUACAGGAAUCAAGAUGGAGGUCAACGAGAGGAUCUUGGCCUCCUGCACAGAGCUGAUGCAGGCGAUCAAGGAGCUCAUUCUGUCUUCCAAAGAUCUGCAAAGGGACAUCGUGGAGAGCGGCAGGGGGGCAGCCACCAUGAAGGAAUUCUAUGCCAAGAACUCCCGCUGGACCGAAGGCCUGAUCUCUGCGUCCAAAGCAGUAGGAUGGGGCGCCACGGUCAUGGUAGAUGCUGCUGACCUGGUGGUGCAGGGCAAAGGGAAGUUUGAGGAGCUGAUGGUUUGUUCACAUGAAAUAGCUGCCAGCACUGCACAGCUAGUGGCUGCUUCCAAGGUAAAAGCAGACAAAGACAGCAGUAACUUGCAGCGGCUGCAGCAGGCCUCCCGGGGCGUCACACAAGCCACCGCAGCUGUCGUGGCCUCCACCAAGUCUGGCAAGUCCCAGAUUGAAGAGACAGAUACGAUGGAUUUCUCCAGCAUGACUCUGACUCAGAUCAAACGACAGGAGAUGGAUGCGCAGGUUCUGGUUCUGGAGCUGGAGACUCGUCUACAGAAGGAGCGAGAGCGUCUCGGCGAGCUGAGGAAGAAGCAUUACGAGCUGGCAGGUGUAGCAGAGGGCUGGGGCGAGGAAGAGGAGGGGACAGGCUGAGACCUGCCGCCCCGUCGUCCACCUCCUCUACCAGAAGACCGACUUCCGUCUGCCUCUUUCUAUUUAUAGACACACUUUUCAGUCUCUUUCUCCCUUGUUUUUUUUUCUUUUUGUUUGUUUGUUUGUUACCUAAGCCAAAUGAAAAGGUGCUUCUUUUCUAAACCUGCUUCGGAAGCUUCCAUUAAAGGACAGCGCCAAGGGCUCAGCGUCGGGGGGGCAUCUGAGGGACAAACUGAGGGAUUUUAAGGGUGAAAGAAAAGCUGCAGCCCAUCUUCACAGCCUCACGUCUCCCCCCUGCUUCUCCUGUGUCGGGGGGAAAAGCAGCGAUGAAGUCUAUCCAUGCUGAGUAUUUAUUGUCUUUCUUUCCCUGAUUUUUUUUUUUUCUUUUUUAUCAACGAGCACAAGUUCAUCCCAGGAUGCUUUACACGAGGGCCAAACUCUCAGCAGCAGCUGGAGUGGAGAUCAGAGACUAUCCCUGCCCCAGCUCCAUGUCUCUGUGUAACAUAGAUGGCAUGCAUGCUCCUCCUUUAAAACGUUUUUUUUUGUUUGUUUGUUUGUUUGUUUGACGUCGUGAGCUUUUAAAGCUGUGGGAGCUGCUCUUUGUGUGUCAGUGCAGUCAGACGCUCCUCUUCCUCCCUAGUUUCUUCCUAUUCUUUUUCUCACUGUGAGUUUUCACCUUAUUAAGUCCGUACCUACCGCUUUACUGGCUGGUUCACUGGACUUUCUGCCUUUCACCUCCUCACCAUUGUAACGACCGUGACUGUUAACUUAAGCAACCCCUUCCUUUUUUUGUUUUUGUUUUUUUUUUGCUCUUCCUUUUAUUCUAACAGACGCCUGCGUGGAAACUCUUAAGGCGACUCCAGAUUGUUGCGGAGCAGAACAGAACAGGAAAGUAGCACAAACAACAACAGUCUUCUUCUCCCUGGAAACUUAAAGACUGCCGACUACCUCAUGCUACAUCGUCAGAGGUCAGAGGUGCUUCACAGGGAGAUUCGACGAGCUGCUGAAAAACACUAAGAAUUUUUGCUGAUUUCCCCUUUAAAUGGUUAAAUUAUGGAACAGCGUAGUCCCUGUUUUUUAUAUAGAGGAAAGGCUACAACUCAUUCUGCUACCUUUUCUGUUCAGCAGCUUCCUUACAAAGCUGUUUAAUAAAGUUUAUCGAUGCAUUUGUUUCAGUCGAGCAGCAGUAGUAGGUGCAGCUGGGAUCCAGUCUUGUAACAAACUGCUAACAGUGUUGUUUUCUGACAGACAGCGAGUGUCUGAGGAGGAACAAAUGUGCCAGCAGGACGGCUGUGCUCCCGGUGAGGGCGGUAAUCCUUUUAGGGUGUUUCAGGAGCCGGGGCCACCUGCUUAGUCAGAUAAAUCUGCAGGAGAAGCAAAUGUAAAUCCAAAAAAAAAAAAAAAAAGUUUGACAUCCUGAAAUCAAACUUGAACUCGAGGCCAUUCCACUGCACAAACCUUUAUUGAGGAAGAUUUGUCUCCUGAUCCUGCCUCUUCACACUGCAGUUCAUGGAACCCUUCUCAAGCUAACAGCCUGCGUUUCCCAGGACCACGGUGGACUCUGAAGUACACAGACUGCAGUGUUUUUUUGUUAGCUUCCUCAAGACCAAGUAGCUGUGUAUGAAAACUACAAGCUUUCUGUUUUGGAAAAUAAUCUUUUGCUUUGUUUGGAUCAGAAAAAGCAUCCGUUUUUGCAUCUCUCCAAGUAAAGGAUUCAGUUGAAUUGAAUUAGGGAUACAAAAUGGUGCACAUGAAUGCCACAUAAAACUAAUAUAAGUCAUUAUGUUUUGUUUUACUUUCAAUAAGAGGUUGUUAUUUAACUGAAUUUCCUGCUGAGACUGAUGAACUGAUAUUCAGCUUGGUGCCAGUGGACUGUGUGAUUAAAGACUGACCCACGCCUUUGUGUAAACCACAAGAUGAGCAGGCAUUUCUUUUUUUUCCAACCCAAAACCUUCUUUCCAUUUGAUGGUGAUUCUCUGACUUCGUCUCUCUCUGUGUCUUAACAUACUUACUUCUGACGCUUUGCUUCAGCUGUGUAUAAAAAGUUGUGACACUGGGUAUUUAACAGACACUGGUCAAAUAGUAUUUGCCAAUAAUUCAAACCACCCGGAGGAAGACGGUUAAUAUACUUUUUAAAAUGUCCCUUUUGACACCACCUGCAAACAGCAAGUAUUAUUUGCAGUGCUAUUGACUCCAGAUUUUUGUAUUUAAUGAUUUUUAAAAAAAAUUUUUUAGCUGUUUUCGGUCAGUUCUUCCACAUCUUUGCAAACUGGUGGCUGAUUUUAGUCGAAAUUCAAACAUAAAGCAACAAAAAAAAUGCCAUUAAAGGAGGAAAAAUCUACUUUUUCUGGUAUUUCAAGUGUCUUGAAAGCUGAAUUGAACGCACUUUGAGUGAUGCUUCGUUUAUUUUUGCCCAGUAUUCUUUAUUAACCUCUCUUACGUGUCUUCGCUCUCUCUCUCUCUCGGGUUCGUGUCUGUAGUCCUACCAGCUCAGCCAGCCUUUCAAACUGCCUCACACUGUAGUCAAAGAGAAACAAAUACUCACAUAGCAACAUUGAAAUAUGUCUUUGUAUGAUAUACUAAAACUAUGUUGGUGGGUUUGUUUUUAUUUUUUCAGUUUUUAAAAUAAAUAUUUCAACUCAUUAAUACAGA